GCGAAAAAUACGCAAAGCCCGAGCCCGAGUCUAGUAAAAAAUCAUUCGGGCUAGCUAAAAAGGCAGGGCACAUAGUCCGACGGUCUUGCAUUGUUUGGGAAACCGAAAUGAUUAUAAAUAGCAUUUUAAACACAAUGACUGGGAGGGAUAUAACAUAUUGAUUUUCUUCGAGGUAUUGACACGGGAUUUUCCAAUAUACGUCCGAUACUAUUUAUAACCGCCGAGAGGGGUAUAGCAUAUUGAUUUUUUUCGGGGUAUUGACACUGGUAUUUCCAAAACGCCAGAGGGGUAAGCUUAUUGAAAUAAUGCAUAGACAUUUUAAGCCAAUCAAAUACCGCGUUAUUAAAAUGUCAAAAUGGCGCACAUUUUGAAGUGGACGCCGGGCUCUAAGCCAGGAAAACGUUUAAAGAUUGAAGAAAGCACAACAACACCGAAAAAGGAAUAUGAAAAGAAAAGGAUACGAAGUUUUCAAAGCCAUUGGAGGGUGGGGAGGGAAUGGUUGAAAUUUGAAAACGGAAGAAUGUAUUGUGAAGUGUGUGAAGGGAACGGUGACAUCAACAAUAAUUUUGUGGUCGGAUGUACUAAUUUCAAGCUUGAAGCGGUUGUCUCGCAUAACAAGUCAAAGUGCCACACACAGUCAGUUCUUAAAAUUCAGAAACCGAUUUCAGAGAGUGACACUUUGAAAACCAAGAGUGGAAGGCUCUUCUCCAGUUAAAACAGGCAGAAAGAUCUAAGCUAACUGUGUUGUUUAAGAAUGCACAUGCUGUAGCUAAACACAAUUUGUCUUUCAAGACUUACAAUGUACUUUGUGCCCUUGACAAAAGCAAAGGAAUUGAUAUAGGCAAUACAUAUUUGAAUGACAAAUCUUGUGCAGAUUUUAUUUAACACAUUGCUUCAACAGAAUAUUCAAAUACAAAACAGUUGUUUCAGAAUUCACCUUUUGUUAGCUUCUCUUGUGAUGGUACCUCCGAUUUUACAGGUGACGAGUACGAAAGUUUAUUCUUAAAAACAUCAAACAUUGGGAAAAUAACAGAAAGAUUUGUAAGCGUAGGUUAGUACAAUUGCAAAGAAAUAAUACAUGUUAUAAUAAAAAUUAUUUAAAUAUUUUCAGUGAAUGAAUAAACUACAGGAACUAAAAUAUAAAUGCAGACUAAUGGUAAUGUAAUUUUAAAGAAUAUUAUCCUAACUAAAAUGAACAGUUCUUGGAAAUAAAUCUAGAUUUUGUUAAUGCAUGACAUGUGCUCAAAUGAUGUAAUUUAUACAUGUUUACAGGAACACCCACAUCAUCUACUGGAAAAGACAUCUUCGACUACAUUGAUUCAAGCUUAAAAAACCUAGAUGAUGGCAGUGAGACUUACUGGAAUAAAAUUGCUGGCUUCUGCUCUGAUGGUGCGUCAAACAUGCAAGGUAAAAACAUGGGUGUUGCAGCAUUUGUGAGGCAACAAAAUAGGGAGACAUUGGUGAUGCACUGUAUGGCUCAUCGUGUUGAGCUUGCUUACAAAGAUGCAGUAAAAAAGUUGAAGCUAUACGACAAAGCAGUAACAUUGCUAUUAGGACUGUAUUACUUGUACAGGAAAAGUCCAAAGAUGAAGCAGGAGCUCAAGCGGUCAUUCAGUAUCUUAGAUAAAAGGGUGGUACUGCCAACAAGGAUAGGAGGAACCAGAUGGUUGCCACAUAUCUAUCGGGCUAUUUCUGUUUUUUUGAAAGGUUAUCAAGCUUUCAAGCUUCAUUUGGAAACCUCGUCGCAUAAAAAUCCGAAAGCUGAUGGACUUGCAAGAAUCCUCCUUGAUGCUUCUGUGUUUGUUUUCAUUCUGGAUCUUAAGGUCAUUCUUCAGCCCUUGAUAAAACUAUCAUUGAUGUUACAAGAAAGAUCAUCGACUCUUGCGGACAACUUCUACAUAUUACAAGCAACCACAGAUGCUCUUAUGCAUAUGAAAAGCAAGGUAUGGUGAGGAAGAAGUAAUAGCUGCUUUUUCAGAAGCUUUUCAAUGACUCUUCGCAAUGGUGGUCUUAGUGAAGAUUGCACUGAAGACAGUAUCUUACAAGAGUGGGUCUUCUUGAAGUCACUUGUGUACAACAGGUAAUUCUAGUUAUUUCAAAGGAUAUAUACAUUCCCAUUGCCUUCAAAGUGUGAUAAAGAAGUAGAUACCAUUUAAACAAUUUAAAACCAAUAAAUAAUACUAUUGCAAAAACAUAACACAACAAGACUUUGGAAUGAAGAUUGAUCAGAAAAAAAGUUACAUUAUUUUAACAGCAACAUUUCUGCAUUGUAAUACAGCUUCAU